AUGAAUGAAAUUUUGACCGAUCGUGGAUCCAACUUCAUGUCAAAGGUGUUGGCUGACUAUUUGGGUCGACUCAAGGUUAAGCACAAGCUCACUUCAGCUUUUCAUCCUCGCACCAAUGCCAAGGCAGAACACGCAAUGCCUGCUCUUUUUCUUGUCGUGUUCAUAAACACCGUACCACUGGUUUCAGUCCUUUUUCCUGAUUCUGAUACCACUUUGGAACAAGCCGCUCAAGGACGUGUGCCUGCUGUUCGUGAAUUACGUAAAGUACGUGCCAUUGCUGAACAACGUUUGAAGGAUAACGCUGCACGUGACAAGACUCGUUGGGAUGCCCAUAUGAAACCUCAAGUCUUUGCUGUUGGUGACCAUGCUCAUGCGACAUGA